AUGAUGCUAUGCUGCCCAUUUUGUUUCCUUCCAGGUAAAGCACAAGCAGAAGCAGCUGUGCUUCCGGAGGGAGCAUCCCAGGAAAUGGAGACGCUGGAUACUAAUGCCUCGAGGGACCAGCAAGUCUGCAAGUUCUCGGAGGACUACAAGCAAAUCUACCUGUCCCUGACCUACAGUGUCAUCCUCAUACUAGGACUACCCCUGAAUGGCACGGUCUUGUGGCUCUCCUGGCGCCAAACCAAGCCUUGGAGCUGUGCCACCAUCUACCUGGUGAACCUGAUGGUAGCUGACCUGCUUUACGUGCUGACGCUGCCCUUCCUCAUCAUCACCUACUCCCUGGGUGACAGGUGGCCCUUUGGGGAGCUGCUGUGCAGGCUGGUGCGCUUCCUGUUCUACACCAACCUUUACGGCAGCAUCCUGCUAUUGACCUGCAUCUCCGCACACCGCUUCCUGGGCGUGUGCCACCCGCUGCGCUCGCUGCCCUACAGGAGCCGCCGGCACGCCCUCCUGGGCACGGCCACCACCUGGGCCCUGGUGGUCCUCCAGCUACUGCCCACCCUCUUCUUCUCCCACACAGACUACAUCGAUGGCCAGAUGGUCUGCUACGACAUGACCGGCCCAGAGAAUUUUGAUCAGUUCUUUGCCUAUGGCAUGGUUCUGACACUGUCUGGCUUCGCCUUACCUUCGUUGGUCAUCUUGGUGUGCUACUCGCUGAUGGUGAGGAGCCUGAUCAAGCCAGGAGAGACCCUCAGGAGGACAGGCAAUACAGCCCGGGCCAAGUCCAUCCGGACCAUCUUGCUGGUGUGCGGCCUCUUCACCCUCUGCUUUGUCCCCUUCCACAUCACACGUUCCUUCUACCUCACACUCCGCUUUCUAUCUUCACAGGACUGCCAGCUCUUAAUGGUGGCCAGCAUGGCCUAUAAGAUAUGGAGGCCUCUGGUGAGCAUGAGCAGCUGCCUUAACCCAGUCCUGUACUUUCUAUCGGUUGGGAAUAACAGAGUCAGGCUCUUCCAGGAACUCAGGCAUAAUAAGGUGGGUGAGCAACCAGCUGGAGCCAAGGGAGAGAAACCCAGGGGUGGCCAGAUCUGGGUACUGACAAGAUGA